GAACAUGCGGAUUUAUACAACCCAUAAAAACGGUGAAUAUUAAACAACAAUGUGACUAGUAAUCGUUGCGCUCCGAACACGCUGUUUUUUUACUUCUAUUUUUAAAUCGGUGAUGUUUUAAAUUGAUAGAAAAAGCGUAAAAGUCGUCACUUUUUAUAUCAUCACAAUAAUGGCAUCGUCAUUUAAAAAGUAUUCGAGAACUGUUCUCAGGGUGUUCUUUUUGAUUUUCGGGUACGUGAUGUCUGUGUUCUUUAAAUUGGCGUAUAGAAGCAGGGGCAAGAAGAUGCCCCCGAUUCGCAACUUGAUACUUCUCGAUUCAGCUACCACGUUGGCCUACAAAAUUCGAACGAGAAAGGUAACAAGUUUGGAAGUUGUCGAAUCAUUCAUUGCCCGAACGAAAGAGAUUAAUCCCACGCUUAAUUGCUUCGUCGACGAUCGAUUUGAAGCCGCGCGAAAUGAAGCGAAAGAAGUUGAUGAAAUUAUUAAAAGCGGAAGGAUGACCGAGGAGGUUUUAGCGAAAGAAAAACCAUUUUUUGGAGUUCCAUUUACAACUAAAGACUGCAUAGCUGUUAAAGGAUUAUUACACACCUCAGGUUUAUAUAAAAGAAAAAAUAUAAGAGCAACUGAAGAUGCUGAUGUUAUCUCAAGAUUAAGAAACGCUGGAGCGAUCCCGAUCGGAUUAACAAACGUUUCUGAGCUAUGCAUGUGGUGGGAAAGUAAUAAUACAGUUCAUGGUCGUACAAAUAACCCAUAUGAUACAAAUCACAUAGUUGGGGGAUCUUCUGGUGGUGAGGGUUGCGAGCAAGCCGCCGCUGGCUCAGCUUUUGGGAUAGGCUCUGAUAUUGGUGGCUCAAUAAGAAUGCCAUCAUUUUUUAAUGGAAUUUUCGGCCACAAACCCUCAAAAUUCAUCGUUUCAAAUAAAGGCCAAUACCCCAUCCCUAACAGUAAAGAACAAAACAGCUUUUUAGGUAUUGGCCCAAUGUGCAGACGAGCUGAAGACUUAUUACCCCUCCUAAAAAUAAUCGUUUCAUCACCACUAAACGAAUUAAAAUUAGACGAAGAUGUAAACAUAAAAAAUAUAAGAUUUUUUUAUCAAGAAGACGAUACUGGUGGAGUUAUGACAUCGCCUGUUAAUUUAGAGAUCAAAGAGUUAUUUAAAAGAAUUGUACUGCAUUUAGAUAAAACCCACAAAAUCAAAGCGCAAAAAGUUGAGAUGAGGGAAUUCGCAAAAUCGAGCGCGAUUUGGUUGGGGAAUAUGACGUCGCCUGGACCAAAUUUCCAAGAGCAAUUGAGUAAUUUAAACGGGAAAAUUAAUCUUCCUUUAGAAUUUACGAAAUGGUUCCUGCAAAUUUCAAACCACACGAUUAUCGCGUUAUUUACAGCGUUGGCCGAGAAAUUUAGCCCAUCUUUUCAGAGCGAAAAACAUCUUUACUGGGUAAAUCAACGCGAUGAAUUUAGAAGGAAAUUGGUCGAUUUAUUGGGCGAUGAUGGCGUGCUUUUGUACCCGACUCAUCCAACUCCAGCUCCGUUUCAUAACGAACCUUUAACUAAAGCCUUUAAUUUCAGUUAUACUGGAAUAAUAAACGUUUUGGGAUUUCCUGCAACUCAUUGUCCCAUGGGGCUCAAUUCUGAUGGUUUACCAAUUGGCUUACAAGUGAUAGCUAACGAUAAAAAUGAUCGAUUAUGUCUCGCUGUUGCUAGAUAUCUUGAAAAAGCUUUUGGGGGGUGGGUUCCGCCCGAAAUCCAAGCGUAAAUGUGAUUAUUUAUAAUGAAAUCAUACGUGUAAGAAGAUGUAUUUAUUUUUUAAAGCUUUUCUGUGUGUCGCACGUUUUUUUUAUUGUGUCACUUUAUUUUUCUACUUAAGGAAAUAUAUAUCUAUAUACAGUGUACAAUUUUAAAUAAAUAUGUUUUGAUUAAAAAA